AUGACCGAUCGUGAACGACGCCGAAUAUCAGUAUUAAAUUCUGCGUUUAGUGAACUUCGUACAAGAAUACCAAAAUUUCCGUAUGAAAAACGUUUAUCAAAAAUCGAUACAUUACGUUUAGCUAUUGCUUACAUUGAUUUCUUACAAGGUUUAAUACAAUCAAAUUUAUCAGCAAAUGAUUAUAUAUUUCAGUGUACAAACGGUUUUGUUCAAUCAAAAUGGAUUAACUCAGAACUUGUUUUAAGACUAAGAUGGAUCGAUUGGCAAACAUUGCAGAUGAACCAAUAA